AUGGCUUCCGAGUUUAUUGGCUACAAUGUGUCUCUGACCUUAAGAGAACCCCCGGGCGCAAAGUUGCUCGGCCAGGUCGCCAACGUAAUCGGACAGCAGCUACUACUUCAGCAUGUUACGCUCUGGAAUGGCCAGUGUCUGCCCCACUUCACCAUUGACGCCUCUGUCAUCAUUGACCUUAACCUGGAAGCGAAUACUUCAGCCCCUUCGCAGCAGCACCAUGUCCCUCAACCUCAAGCUCAGCAUCAUGUCACAGUUCCCAAAGCCUUUGCCCAAGCGCCCAUUGCCCAGCAACAAUUCAUGGACCCGGCCAUUCUAAGUUUCUCCAAAGGCUCCCCUAUGAAUGCCAACCAAAACGCCGAGAAUAACCCACCGAACCUGAGACAUCAAGCAGUGCCUGACGUGGUCUCAGCUUCCUUGACCGAGCCUUUUAGCAGCUUGGAAGUGAACACAGAGGGUGGCAAGGCCGGACCCCAGAAGCCCGUUCAGAAGCAACUGCUUCAAAGUCCCCAGGAAUUGUCACCUAUCAAGCAGACCCCAAAGCGCAAUCGCCGUGCCAACCAAGUAAAAGAGGAUCAGGGAUAUGUUAGCAAGCAUGGUGCCGCAGCAAGUACCAACCCGAAGAGCAAGGGCUGGCGUCAAACUGCAUUUGUGGAACCAGCGGGCCCUGCAUUCCAAGAUUCACCCGAGGUGGUUACCCGGCCUGGAGCGAAACUCCGCAAGAAGAGAUCCCGCCGCUAUGCAGAGGAUCCCAGUGACUGGGCUACUGAGGAUGCAACUGACAUCCAGGAGCUUGGCGAAUUUGACUUCCAAAGUAACCUCUCUAAAUUCGAUAAGCGAACGGUGUUUGAGCAGAUUCGAAAUGAUGACACAACCGCAGACGAAGCACGUCUGGUUAGCUUCAACCGCAAAAUCAAACCUGGUACCAAUGGCGGAAAAAACCUACACUGGACAGAGAAUGUGCUUGAUAGUCCCCAGAGCAGUGACUCUGAUGGUGACAUCGAAGGAAUAAGUGAGAUGAAGUUGAGCAAUGAUAACCUGCCUGGACGGGAACGGUCUAGAGGAUCGUCGCAUAUCCAACCUUCUCGCAAAGACAGCGCUGUUCAGGCCCAGCCAAUGGUACCCCAGCUCAAUGCACUUGGCCGCAGCCAACUCCAUGUUAAUAUUUCUCGCACCACGAGUCCCCGCCCAAGUCGAUCCUCAGCAUCACCCAUGAUUGCCCCUAAUGUUUCAGGUGUUGGUUCGCUCAGACUCACAACCACAAAUCGCAGCUGUCCUACUGUGAGUCCUUUGCAGACUCUAGAGAUCGAACAGAUUUCCGUGGCCGAGUUUGGCAUCGCCGAUGAGAUCAUCACCGAAAACGCAGGCCGAGGUAUUGCAGAGGCUGCUGUGUCUCUUCUUUCUAACGAUGCUGCUGCACCCACUAUCCUGAUAAUCACCGGUAACCAUCGCACUGGAGCUCGGGCUAUUGCCGCUGCUCGUCACCUCCGCAAUCGGGGUCACCGUGUGACCAUGUGCUUGCUAGGUCUAGAGCACGAGGCUGAAUUGCUAGAGAACUGCCGCAAGCAACUCGAUAUCUUCCGCAAGAUCGGAGGACGGGUACUCAAAUGGGAAGAACUGUCCGCUCGACUCGCUACCGCAGACUUGGGCCCCGAUCUGGUCAUUGAUGCCCUGUUCGGUAUGCACCUUUCAUUUGACGACCUCCGCACCGACGAUCAAGGUGUCGCCUUUGAAAUGAUUUCCUGGAUGAACCGGAGCAACGUCCACGUUCUUUCAGUGGACGUCCCGUCCGGACUCAACGCCUCAACUGGCGAGAUGACCCUAGCCGAAGGUGGCCGACUUUGUGUGAAUGCCACUUCAGUGGUAUGCCUCGGCGCCCCCAAGACCGGUGUCCUGAAUGCCCUUCUUUCAGGCGAGAGAUUAUCCUGGAACCUUUCGGUUGCCGACAUUGGAAUCCCGCAGAUUGUCUGGAGGAAGUAUGGCACUCGCCGUCGACACGGAAUCGACUUUGGAAACAAGUGGGUGGUUCCCUUGAAGUUCCAAUCCCCGCUCCCCUAA